AUGGAAACGCCACUUCGACGACCAAGUAUCUUUCCCUUGGCUGCAGUGAGCAAGUGUAUUGUUUCAUACAAUGGCAAGAAAAACACAGUUGACGCGGACAUUUGCCAUGCGGAUGAAAGCCCAAUUCUUCUUCUAAAACGUGUGGGACGGAAUUCUUAUCCAAACUCGACACCGUGUAGCAUCGCAACGUCCCCAGAUAUCUUUGAGAAUUACUCAGUUACCGAGAAGUGGCGUCAUACUAUCGAACAAAUGUCCCUUCAAAAGACUACCUUACGCAAUGCGCUGGAAGAGCAUCAGUUCAGGGGUAUCAUGAAGGAGUUACGCAUCAUUUCGUCGCAAGUCAAAAAAGAGGAACUGAUGCACGAUCAACGAGCUGAUUGGAUGUAUGCUGCAAUGGUGAUAGAUCGUGUGUGCUUCGUCUCCUUCUCAGCCUUUCUCAUACUGUGCACACUAGUGCUUGCCUUCAAAGCACAAUCAACUUCUGUGAAACCCGUCUUCAAUAGCAACUAA